CCUCCCUACAUCCCCUCUAGGCGUUGGGCUGACGGGGCCGUGUGUUGCAGGGCGGCGGGUGCGCGGCGCGAUGCUGGAGGCCAUGGAGGUGCCGAGCCACUCGCGGCAGCUGCUGCUGCAGCUGAACACGCAGCGCACGAAGGGUUUCCUGUGCGACGUGAUCAUCGUGGUGCAGAACGCGCUCUUCCGCGCUCACAAGAACAUCCUGGCGGCCAGCAGCGCCUACCUCAAGUCGCUGGUGGUGCACGACAACCUGCUCAACCUGGACCACGAGAUGGUGAGCCCCGGCAUCUUCCGCCUCAUCCUCGAUUUCAUCUACACCGGGCGUUUGGGUGAAUGCGAGCCGGGCGGCGAGCAGAGCUUGGGGGCUGUGCUGGCAGCCGCCAGCUACCUGCAGAUCCCCGGGUUGGUGGCACUGUGCAAGAAGAAGCUGAAGCGCAGCGGGAAGUACUGUCACCUGCGUGGGGGGUACGCGCCCUACAAGCUGGGCCGGGGGCUGCGUGCCGCCACGCCGGUCAUCCAGGCUUGCUAUUCGGGGACACCACGACCCGUCGAUUUGCAGCCCGUGGAGCCGGCGACCCCGCUCAACACACAGUGCGGGGAGCUCUACGCCUCGGCCUCGCAGGGCACCCCGUUCCCAUUCCGAUGGGAGCCCGCUACUACCCAAAACCCUAUCGCAUACCCCGCCACCCACACUCACUCAUCCCCCCUCGUAUCCCCCCUCCGUGUCCCCCACCACUUUUAG